AUGUUAAGAUUGAAUCCAGUGAUUGCGAUAGCUCAUCAACAACAAAAUCAAUUGACUUUUGGUGAUAAUAGUAAUUCCUUGAGUACAACAUCAAAUAAGACAUCAGUGGUCGAUGCUGCUCUCAGUGAUGAAAUUAUGACCAAUGGGUUGGUCACAAAUCUAAUUGGUGGAUUAACAUUAAUCAAAGGAUUCAAUCCUGACACUCUAUCUGAUAGUGAUGAAUAA